AUGUCGGUCGCAGACUUGCACCGACUGGUUCACCGGGCCACACCGCGUGUAGAAGAUGUAAGAGCACCUGACCGCAUGGACUUCAUCCGGCGCGAGCAUGGCCACCUGCCUCUUCGAGAGGUCGUGGAUGCUCUGGACGCCCUGGAGUUUUCCUUCGCUUCUUUUCUGCGGCGCUUUCGGGAGGUCACAGCAGAGGAGCCGCCGCAACCCGAGUUCAACGACUCAGAGGCCUGCGUACUGUCCAAGGAGGAGCAGCUGAAACGCUAUGCGGAAAAGCCAGCCCCUCCAGAAAAGUCAGAUGACACUUGCGUCCACCAGCUGCAUCGUCUUCUGGAGGGCUUGCAUGUGCUCUAUCCGCGUUCGCCUCCAGACGUAGCACAGGAAGCAGCACCGCACGAGGAGUGGGCAUCCAGCCCAGCCACAGAUUGGAAGGAGGUUGCAGCUGACGAGAAGGCAAAGGGCAGCAAUGCUUUCAAGCAGAAGGAUUUUCGAAGUGCCAUCAACCACUACACGCAAGCAAUCAAAGCCUCGCCCAAAGAGGCGGAGUUGCAUACGCUGUAUUCCAACCGUUCAGCGGCACGCCUGCAGGUUGCCGAAGCCGAGGCGGCCCUGGCUGACGCGAGGCUCUGUGUCCAGCUGGCACCAUCAUGGCCAAAGAGCCGUUUUCGCGAAGGGUCAGCGUUGAGACAAGUGGGACGCUUUGACGAGGCCGUGGAUGCGUUCAUGGCUGGACAGCGGCUCGAGCCAGAGAACAAGGACUGGGAGAAGGAGGUUGAGAAGACCCAACAAGCGCUAGAGGCAACCCCAACUGCCCAAGUGCAGCAGCUGAUCAUGCAGCUGUUACCAGACAUCCUCGCGACCUGGCUCCGAGCCGGCGACCCCGAUGGCAUCCUGCAGUCAACGGCAAGAUCCAGGAUUUAG